AUGAACCGACUUUCAUUGCUAGUUGUCUUCGCUUUCGCUUGUUUUGCGAAUAUCGAGGCGUUUGGAGGGUUCAGCAGUAACUUUUACAACUUUUUGGUGCAGAAAUAUGGGAAAGAAUAUGCGGAUAAAUUGAAUCGAAGGGAUAUCCAGAAAUACCCGGGCUCAUUUGGAGGGGGACCUCAUGUGGCUGGAGAAAAAAUGAAGCAAGUGAUCAGAUAAAAAGGCUCAAAACACGAUAUUUUUAGAAAAAUUCCGACUGUUUUUGUGCACGGUUACAGUAAUGGCGCUUACAUUUUCUUCUUCACAAUCCUCCCGUAUCUCGGAUUACGAGGAUAUUCGUUCCAAGAAAUGUAUGGUACUUCUUAUGGGACUUAUGAUCCAAAUAAAGGAAUGGAUCAGACCGGAGUAAACUGCGAAUACAUCUUGAUGGUAGGUCAUGUAAUGCUUAUGUUGUAAUCAAAUUUUUAUUAUGUGAAUUGUGGCAUAAUGUUUUCAGAAUCGUCGACUAAUCCAGGCUGUCAGCGAAUUCACCAAUUCAACGGUGAAUGUGGUCUCGGUGUCGACUGGAGGGCCAGUUGUGAGAAAGGUAAGUACCGUAGUUCAAGUACAGAGAUGGCACCGGCCCAAAUUUCGGCUCCGGCUCUUGGCUCCCAGAGCCGGAGCUAAUUCCAACCUUACGGAUCCGACUCCCAUGCAAAUUUUAAAAGGCCUCCAGCUCCGGCUUUCGGCUACCGUGCAAUUUUUAAAAAAAAUAUUUUUCCAAAAAUAAAAGUUAUCGUAAGUCGUACGCAACACAUCCUUCCAAGCAUUUUUCAAAUUUCUAUCGGAAUUUUUACUUUUCUGGAUGAAGCCCGGCCCGACUUUGGGCUCGGGAGCCGGAGCCAGAAAUUUUAGGGGUGGCACGGAGCCAAGAGCCGGCUCCGGAGCCGUGGCAAUCUCUGGUUAAGGGUAAUACAAUUUGGUCACGUUAGGGCGAAAAUAUCUCGUUUUCGACUUGAUUUUGCAUCUUCAAACGAAUUUGAUAAAUUUUUUUGAUUGAAUUUGCAGUGUGCACAAAAAAAAUUUUUUGGACCGAGCGAAGAAAUUUUCAGUUUUGCACUGUGCGGCAGAUAAACAAAAGUUCUGUUUUUUUGCAAGGCGCCCGCACUGUGCAGUACAUUCAAAAAAAUGACAUUCCUUUGAUUGCACGGUACAAAAUGGUAUAAAUCACUGCACUGUGCACAGUGCAGUGAUUUCAAAGAUAUUCUUGUUAAUUUUUAUGUCUGGAGACCUGAAACAGAGACAUUUGUCUAAUCAUAAAUUAUGUUGACACCAACAACAUAGUUAGUUUUAUAUUACUCUAGGCAAUCCUCGGAGGGAAAUGUGUUGAGACCGGAGAAGAUCUGGGCGCACCGAUAAGCCAUCUGGUAAAUGUUUACAUCUCCGUUUGUGGAGCCAAUCAUGGAGCUGGCAGUUGCCAACAGGUCGGAGCCGCCCCGAUAUGCAACAAAAUCAAUGGAUUGGCGUGUGAGAGCAAGAUUUUCCCUGAUAUUAAUGCAGUGUAAGUUAAUACUUUUUAUGUCUAAACAUCUUCUAGUGGUGGUUACGAAGGGAAGAAGCGAUAUGUAAUCGAGUCCAUGGCGGAUGACGUCGUUUUCUUCAAGGCCUGCGGCACAAAAACCAUGGAAUUCAAAAAUAUGACGGGAAAAUACGUAUUGAGAAAGCUGACUCAUGCUCAGACCUUCACCCAGACCUUUGCUCUGCAAUACCGGCUAUUGUCGGAGCAGUAA